GUGGGCGCGGGGGGCAGGCGUGGGCGGCACCCCGUCUGGGGUGCUGCUGUGACAGGCCUCUGGAUCGGGCGCUGGUCGUGGAUGGACCUGAUUUCGACGCGCGCACAAGGAGCGGCGGCUCGGAGUUGAAAACCAGACCAGCUUUUCCUGUCAGCAUGGCCUGGGGCGUGCGCACAAUGCGGCGGCGGCAGCGGCGCAGCUGGCUGCUACUGGCCGGCGGCAGCCUCCUGCUGCUGCUGAUGGUCGCCUGCUUCAGUCACGUGGCGCUGCUCGCGGGCGAACACCCGUCCCAAGCCGCCAGGGACGGCGGGCGCAGCGGCAAGGCCGCGGCGAAAAGGGUGGCGCGGUCGAAGUCGCUCCGUAGUCGCCAGGACCUGCUGCCCGUCACAGUCACUGAGCUGGAGACGCUGAAGCAGCUGCCGCUGCAGCGCUGGGACGACCGGCAGCGGACUCUUCUCAACAUGACGUUCCGGCCCUGGGCGUUGACAGCGACCGACUCCAGCUGCCGCCGCAUGGCCACGCGCUUUUCUGCGGGGCUGAGGCCCACGGCGCUGGUGAGCCUGCCCAGCAGCGGCAACACCUGGCUCCGCCAGCUCAUAGAGGGCGCCACCGGCGUCUUCACCGGCAGCCUGUACUCGGACGUGGUGCUCAUCAGGGAAGGCAUGUACGGGGAGAUAGUACCGUACGACUCUGGCACCACGAUCGCGCAGAAGACGCACGGCUUCACCACGCUGGAGGGCGUGACGGCGGAGCCCGAGCAACAGCGGCGCGUGUUUUCACACGUAACGCAGUUCGGCUGCCGCGCCGUGCUGCUCGUGCGCAACCCGCUGGCGGCUCUGCUCAGUCAUCGGCACCUGGACGCUGCCGGCCACCUCGGCUUCGCGCCUCCCAGCCACUUCGAGGGAGAAGGCUGGCAAGAGUACGUGAGCGAGAAGGCUCUGUUUUGGCGUAAGCUGUACGCUGACUGGAUUGGUCAGUGUCCCACGGACCAGCUGCUGCUGGUGCGGUACGAGCGGCUGCUGGAGGACCUGCCGACAGAGCUGGGACGCGUGCUGCGUUUUCUGGGCGUCCGGCCCGACCCGGCCCGGCUCCGCUGCCUCUACAGCUACCCGAACGGCAGGAUGAAGCGACGCGACCGCAAGAAGAAGCCGGAGGCGCAACCGGCCGAGCCUUUCACCGAGCAGCAGAAGGCCCUCGUGCGAGGUCACGUGACAGACCUAGACCGCCUAGUGCGAGAGAAAGGACUGGGGGAGCUGCCAGAGUACCUUCUGUAGCGACGCUUGGUGUCGUGUGUUUGGAGCAGUGCGGGCACCGGUGACGAUCAUGAGCUCGAUGACCGGGUUAGUGAUGGGUGAGGUGUUCGGAACGGUGGUCCGUUAUGUAAUUGCAAUGCUGACUGCUGGGAUGAUUUAGAUAGUGGUGGGACACACAUCUGAGACGCGGUUUAUUCAGUACUUGCGGUGGUCACCCCUGAACGGUUUUAGAUCAUUAGUCAAUGAUAAUGAUCAUCCACCCUUAAUGGAUCAUUAGUCAAUAGCUGCACGGCUGCAAAGAGGCGGCUGACAGUGUGUCUAAUGGUAUCUGACAGAUAUCAUUAAACGGAUGCUAUCUGUAGUGUCGCCUGCGUACUUUUCAUGCGUGAUGCAUACGUGUUAGAUGCCAACCAAGUACCUCUAGUUGCACCAGGGCGCAUGAAGUCAGCCGAAACUGAGUGUAUAUGAUGUGGACCAGGACCAUGUUUUAAGAGAUGCCAAUUGCUGGCAACCGUGGUCAGCACAUCUGAAUACGUUGAAUUGGCUUGGAGGGACAUCUUAGGGCCAUUCCAUGUGGCCGUGGUCAGCCGAAUGUGAGGAGGACUAGGGUACCUCUGGCCGCAUGUGAGGACUCAGGUACCUCCGGUCACGUGUGAGGACUCGGGCAUCUCCGGCUGCAUGUGAGGACUCGGGAACCUCUGGCCGCAUGUGAGGACUCAGGUACCUCCGGUCACGUGUGAGGACUCGGGCAUCUCCGACCGCAUGUGAGGACUCGGAUACCUCCGGUCACGCUUGAGGACUCGGGCACCUCCGGUCGCGCGUGAGGACUCAGGUACCUCCGGCCGAGUGUGAGGACUCGGGUACCCCCGGUUACACUUGAGGACUUGGGUAACUCCGGCCGCAUGUGAGGACUCGGGUACCUCCGGCCGCGUGUGAGGACUCGGGUACCUCCGGCCGCGUGUGAGGACUCGGGCACCUCCGGCCGCAUGUGAGGAUUCGGGUAACUUCGGUAGCAGCACUUGCCACGAGCUGUAGUAGACGACAUGUACAGUCACACAUUGGCAUGACAAAAUUGCCGUCCGAAGAUAAAAACGCCUAAGUGCCACGUUUAUUAAUGACGCUUAGAUCCUUUUGCCUUUGGACGGCAGGAUAGGAGGGGAAAACGUGUUGGCGGAUUGUGCAGGGAAUAGAACGCGUGAUGCCGCGUGUAGACCCAACUGUCCGCGAUUCACAUGGUUCAAUCGCUGCUAUAGGACCUCGAGCCAAGCUUGAACUGGGGCUGUCACUAGCACUCCGCUCACUUCCUUGGCCGAUCCUGAUGUUUCUCCGCCCCUCGCUGGCUAACCUUUAUCAACG